CACAACACGCUAUCGUAUUUUUUUAAAUAAUUCCUCAUAAUUUAGUAAUCCGAAAAUUUUGUGUUGCUUGAAAGUGAUUAAAAUAUCCUGAGGCAAUGGCAUCGUUUAAAGUAAAGACAGAAUUAAUAGAUUCAGAGAGUUCUCAUACAAUUUGUCGGCUAUGUAUGAGCGAGGAAUCACUUGAAGAUAUAUUGAAGGAUCAAGACCUCCAUCAGUGGAUUUCGAAAUAUCUGUCGGUUGUGAUAUCCAGAGAGGAUCGCAUGAGUCACUUAAUAUGCACAAUUUGUCGAAUACGGUUAACCGAAUUUCAUCAAUUUCGAAUUAACUGCAUGGAAGUGCAAGACGUACUUCAAUCCUUGGUUGAGAAAGAAAAUGUCGUUGCUUUAGAGGUGCUGGAUUUACCAAAUAAGGUUCAAACUAAUCAAACUCGCAAAGAAAAACGAAAAUAUGAACAACUCCAAUGCGAUGUAUGCCAAAAAACGUUCAAAAACAGGAGACUACUGAAAGAUCAUAAGAGGAACCAUAAGCCAAAGAACUUCGCAUGUUCACGUUGCGGUAAAUCGUUUGUUUAUCUUCGAUCUUUGCAUGGUCACUUAGAUUCAUGUCAUUCAGACAAGAGAUUGGUGUAUGAGAAUUCAAUCGAAUUCAAUGAGCGAAUGCAAUCUUUGAAUGAAAAGCGUGCUGUUGGUGACAACCAAGACAAUUCGCAGCAACCACAACAGUGCGACAUAUGCAAGACGGUGCGAUCGACCAAGAAAAAGUUAUGGGUCCAUAAGAGGCUAGUUCACGGACCAAAAAAUCACAAAUGUGAAAUCUGCGAUUAUCGUUGCGCUACUCUGUGUGACAUGAGAAGGCACUUCAAAACGAAGCAGCAUUUUAGGAAGUUGGAAGAAGUAGCAGAAAGAUCUAAUUCUACAAUUCAAGAUGUACAAGAGAAAACUCAAAAGGAUAUAUUUGAUGUUUCCAACGAGCACGUUGGCCCGAAAGUUGAAGGACGUCGAAAAAAGCAUGACCAACAGGAAGUGAGCUGAGAAUUGAUUGAUGCGCUAAUUGAAAAUUUUAUUUUAGUUAAAGAAAUAUAAACAGCUUUGUUUGAGCGAA